UUCACCGCCUCGCGGCAAAGGCGCCCGGCCAUUGGCUGCCGCCAGCGCCCCGCCCCGUGACCCGGAAGCGGUUGCCGGCAAGAUGGCGCCGCCCUGCGCAGGGGCCGCCGCCGGGCGCUGAGCGCGGAGCCGCCAUGAGCCUGGCCUGGGCGCGGGCGCUGGCCCGGGGGCUGCGGGCGCCCCGCGGCCUCCCCCAGGUGGUGGCAGCCCCGCGGCGGCAGGCGAGCGAGGUGGCGCCGGGGCGGCCGGCGGGUGACGGUGACGCCGGUGACGACGACGGUGACGCCGAGGGCGGCGCGGGGCCGGCGGCGUUCGGGGCGGCGCUGGCGGCGCUGGAGCGGGCGCCGGGGCGGCGCCGGGGGCCGCUGGAGCUGGUGCCGGCGGCGCUGGCGGCCAUGGCGGCGUGCGGGGUGGCGGGGCGGCGCGACGCCUACCACCGCCUGCUGCGCCUCUUCCCCCGCGGGCCCCUGCUGCCCCGCGGCCCCCUCCAGCGCCUGCUCAGCCCCUGCCCCCGGCACCAGGCCUGCGCCCUGCAGCUCCUCGAGCAGAUGGAGGCCCACGGGGUGGUGCCGGACGCGGAGACGCAGUUCCUGCUGCUGGGGGUCUUCGGGCCGCGCAGCCCCCCCGUGCGCAAGUGCCAGCGCAUGCUGUACUGGCUGCCGCGCUUCCGGCACGCCGACCCCCACCCGCUGCCCCCCCGGCUGCCCCCCGAGCCCCUGGAGCGCGCCCGCCUCGCCCUGCGCCGCAUCGUCGCCGACCCCCGCGCCCCCCUCACCGUCUACCAGAUGCCGGUGCCGACGACGCUGAGCUCCGGCGAGGAGACCGUGCUGCCCUACAUCAUCGGGGCGCAGAGCGCGGAGCAGCGGGAGCAGCUGGGCCGGCACGACCCGGCGCGGCCCGUCGUGGUGGAGGGGCCCUUCCCGCUGUGGCUGCGCGGCACCCGCCUCGCCUACUACGUGCUGCGGGGGCAGCCGCCCCCCCCCGGCGCCCGCGAGGAGCCGCCGGACCCCGAGCGGAGCUUCUACUUCCCGCUGCAGCUCGACCUGGACCUGGAGCGGGGGCCCUGGGACGACGACGACUUCGACGUGGACGAAGUGGAGGAAGGCCCCGUGUUCGGGCUGUGCAUGGCGGGCGCCGGGGACCGGGCCACGCUGGCGCGCUGGCUGGCGGGGCUGCAGCUCCGCAACCCCGUGCUGGCCCGCACCCCCGUCGUCUUCCGCCUCGGGGGGGCCGCCGCCGAGCCGCCCCCCCCCGCCGCCGCCGGCACCCCCCUCCCCGCCGCCGCCGGGCCCCCCCCUGCCGCCCUUCCCCGCGCCGCCGCCGAGGAGGAGGAGGAGGAGGAGGAGGAAGAGGAGCCGCCGGGCCGCCGGGUGCAGCGCGAAGCCUGAACCCCCCCCCUCUGUGGGGGCACCCAUGGGUGCUGCCCCCCCCGUUCCCCCCCCCCCCCACCGCGGGCUUGUGGCUAAUAAAUGGAGCUGAGAG